UCCAUCCCGAAUGAAUGCCCAAUUGCGUUAUUGAUUGUCCGUUGAUUCUAUUGAAUGUUCGCGCAUAUUCAAUCAUUGUUAUUGAAAGUCGAGUCACGCUAAGGAUGUUUCGUGCAAUGUUGAUGAACGUACAAUGUACGUUAACGAUACAACGUUUGGUACAAAUGAAUGUCCCUUUCCGGUUAUUGAACAGCAAAAGGUGUAUUGCUCUUUAAGGCGAGAUCAGAGCAAUCCAGCGAAAGCGUGGCAGGAGUGUUUCGAGAAGGGGGUGUGGCACUUUCAAGGAAAACUAGCACACAAGCUCAGAAUCGGCGUUUGCGGAAUCGAUAUCCGUUAAUAGUAAAGUCAUUGCUGCUACGAUUGAAAAUCAGAAGCACGUGAAUAUAUACUCCGCCAGUAAUCUUUCCCUUGUCGCCCAUAUCUUCUUGCCUUCUUCUUGCCUCGAUCUUAGUGCCUUUAAUCAAAGCAUCACAUCACCAGGGAUUCAUAUCUCAACCAGAGCUACUGAGCUAGACAUAAUCGACCCUUUUAAAUGCUCGCCUUGUAAGAACAACACGAGAUCAUUUGGUGGAUAUUCAACUACAUGUACUCCCUGUCUUCAUAGGAAAUGCGUCAUCAAUAGCGAACCUAGCCUGUUUCGCUCUAUUAUUUGUGACAGGGAAUCGUGUUUGCAUAUUGUCGUGCAAAAUGUGACAGCGGGUGGUAUACAAAUCAUGCAGGAAGGUGAAACAUUAUUCUCAGGAGAAAUCUUCAAUGAAUUCAAAGUCAAACUUGUCGAGACUGCUGUAGGCAAUGCUUCGAUGAUUACGGUGUCACAAUCGUUUAUUAUCGACUUGACGUCGCCUGUGGCAGAGCUAGCCAAAAUCGAAUGAACUGAUCGAGAAAUAUGACGCUGCUUGGAGAUGAAAGUCAUUGCUCGACCAGAGAUUUUGACGAGCUUGACAUUGACUUUACCCAUAACACUUCAGAGGGGACUUUUAAAAUAUUACAAAGCUUCUGAUCCCGAGAGUGGCAUCAGUCCGUACGAAAUAGAGUGGGAAACAUCGCCUGGCCUGAAAGACAUCAACCCCUUUGAGGCGGUCAAGAACACGACUGUCUGGUAUACCAAACUCAAAGACAAUGAACUUCUAAAAGGAAAGAAAUAUUUUGUAACAGUUCGUGCCACGAACAAAACAGGUCUUAUUUCUGAGGCAAUGUCGUCAAAUGGAGUAACGGUGGGGAAGUCGGAAUACACUUUCGACCAUGACACAUCAGCCUCGUUCUUCUUCGACACUGAUAAUGUGAAUGAAAAUAACGGUACUCGUAAGGAUUUCGUUGGGCAGAUUUAUGGUACAAUGGACGUGCCACGAGGCGCCGUGAAAAGAGGAAGUCAAAAUCAAGGGUUACCGUCUGGAAGAGGAAGCCCUGAUGUCCAACUCAUCUGAAGAUGGUCCGUUACAGAUCCCGAAUCGACAAAACCCUUGGUAAUAUUUAACAAUUAUACCAUUUCCAUUGAGGUGGAUAGUGGCGAAAUAUCUACCUAGAGCCGAAGGUUGCAAAAUCAUUUCGGCGGAAAAUUGUCAAAACACAGGGAGUUUGAAGCCGAUUUUCCGGUUCUCGGUAGAUAUUUCGCCACUAUUCACCUCGUUCAAUGGAAAUUGUAUAAUUGUUUUAGUAUAUAAAACAAGCUUUAGAGCAAUUUUCUUUUCGGAAACACUUGCAAACCGGCUGUUACACCCGCCAUUUUGCUUGAUUUCGGGGCGCAGGAAAAUACCCACCUCCUAGGUCGUGUAUAUUGCAUUUUAUCCCGAGUUUCUCAACCAAUCAAAUCGCUUGUUCUUGCGAGGUUCCCGAGUUUUAUAUACUAAUAAAGAAUAGCUAAAGAAGACAAUCAUAACAAACGUUAGCGUGGUGUGAAAUACGUGAUAAGAUAUUUCUAAUAUUCUUUUUUUUAAACCGAUAAUGUUACUUCUAAAGAAGAAACAUGGGCAUGGCUUGAAUUAUCAAGAGAGUUCUGUCUAAACUUCAGUUUGGGGAUAGACAUUGCUCAACGUGUUGUUGGCGGUUUUUUAUAUGCAUGCCAAAAAUAACAAUCACACCCAUCCAAAAGGCUGUAUGCUAUUUUGCAAAUUACUAUUUAGAAACAGUACAAUUUAAACAGCUUUACUUUAUGGUGGGUACAAGGAAUUUAAAUUGGUAUUUUAGCUAUAAUAGAUAACUGAAGAGAGCCACCUACUCAACUACUGGAUCCUGUACUUAAGGUAAUUCCCUUGAAUUGCACUGCGCACCCCUUCUGCGCAUAGUGGCGGGCCACAGUUGUACAAGAAAACAAAGCAAAUAGCGCGUUUUUUUACUUAAAAUCGCUUUGACAGAAAAACGAAGUCGGUUGCCCCCAUCUUUUAUUUGCUUAAAUAGUUAAAUAUAUACGGAAAAAUGAUGUACUAAAAGAAGAAAAAAAAGUUGGGCUGUAAAAGUUUUUUUUAUUUUCUCUUAAAAGCCGUAAAAAUACUUCAAAAUAGCGCUUUUUACCGUAUAAAUAGUGGCGAAAACAGUGUCUUUAAGUGUGAUCUCUUAAAAUGUGAUUUGUUUUGAACAUUAGCUACUACGGGAUAUUGUUUCAGAGAUCUGAUUUUGGCAGCUCGACAAACAGAACUGAAUUUUCUAAAGACUAAAGGCACUCUUUUUAAAAACUAAGAGAGUAGUAAAGUAAGUAUAUCUAUAGGGUGGAUUCCAGUCCCCCAGCCGCGCGGUAGUGGCGCGUUCUGAUUGGUUGUUGGGAAUGGCGUGCUGUGAUUGGUUGGUUUUGAUACGGCGGAACUGACGUCACGGGUGGAGUUUGGAGUGGGCCCUUGACAUUUGGACUUUGGACUUUAGGGAGAGGGGUGGUGAUUGGUGGGAUUUGAUAGGGCGGAAGUGACGUCAUAGGUAAGGGUAUUAUUAUGGGUUACCC